UUCAGUGUUACCCCUCCCCCACCGCCGUGCUCCGUUUCACUCAAAGAUGGCGUCGGCUCGAGAGCCUCUGGUCUCUGGCUGCGUUUUCAGGCUUGUUGUUGUCUCCGUUCUGCGCGGUUUUGGAACCCUUCCCCCGGCGGAUCGACACGGAAUUCCGGGUGGUGCUGCCAAAGUGCAAUAGACAUGAGGGUGAUCAGCCCAAUCUACUCCGUCCUGGUGUUGAGAAGCCCAGACUGCUGGAGUUGAAAAACAGUGAAAGGAAAAAAGGAUAAGAGGGGGCAAGAUAUCGUGGAGGCAAGGGAAUUGAAAGAACUACAAUACAUCACAAACACCCACAUAGACGUUUGUCAAUCUAACAUGAAAACACAUGUCUUGGGGAACAUGGCCAAUUUUUCUAACUCACAAUGACAGUUUGGUUACCUUACCAGUGACUGUAAACUAACUGGUUAGUUGCGAUUACAGCCUUAUUAUAUUGUUCUUUUUUUGUUUGUUUGUUUGUUUGUUACAUUUUGUUGAAGAAAACUUCUCCUACAUUAAUACCAGCCUCUGGUACAAGUGGGUGGGCCUGAUUUUACUGGGUGGUUGGUUUUGGGGCUUGUGCUAUGGUCAGCUGCUUACUACCGCGUUGUGGAUACGCGACUUCAGCGGGAGUCUCUGUGCGGCCCCAGGACAAGGGAUAGUAAACUGCGGAGAAAAAAGCACGAGACGCAAAGGAGUGGGCGCCGCUUCGGCGCAGGCCAGGUGUCUUUGGCUCGUAGUUCACAUUUUUUUUGUUUGGUGAUUGUUGGAAGGCCCCAGGGCCACCGCGCCCUGAGAGACUGCAGUCAUGGUGAAACUGGCCAACCCCACAUACACCCAGUGGAUCCUAGAAGCCAUCAAGAAGGUCAAGAAACAGAAGCAGCGACCGUCUGAGGAGCGCAUUUGCAAUGCUGUCUCUAUGUCCCAUGGCCUGGACCGCAAGACUAUUCUGGAACAGUUAGAACUGAGCGUCAAAGAUGGGACCAUCCUUAAGGUUACCAACAAAGGUCUCAACUCUUACAAGGAUCCUGAGAACCCUGGACGUGUGGCUCUUCCCAAGUCCAAAGGGAGUGGCAGCUCUGGAGGCGGAGGUGGCAGCGGAGGUGGCAGCGGAGGUGGCAGCGGCGGUGGCAGCGGCGGUGGCAGCGGCGGUGGCAGCGGCGGUGGCAGCGGCGGUGGCAGCGGCGGUGGCAGCAGUGGUCCAAGCUUCCAAAGCCAUUUGGGAAAGAGACCUGGACUUGACUGGAACAAGUUGAUCAAGCGGGCACUGGAGGGCCUCCACGAACCAGGUGGCUCCUGCUUGAGAAACAUUGAGCGCUUUCUCAAGUGUCAGGCUGAUGUGGCAGCCUACCUGUCAGGCAGCGGCUCCAUGGGGCCUGGCAUCUUCCACCAGCAGCUAAGGGUGGCCCUCAAAAGGGCGGUGGCCCAUGGACGUGUGGCAAAGCAGGGUCCACUCUUUCAGUUCAUCAGCCGCAGCAGCUCCCACAAUGACGGCACUGGCAUGGUAUCCCUGGAAUCACUUCCCCCUGUCCGCCUGCUGCCUCAUGAGAAGGACAAGCUGGAGUGGGGUGAACCAGAGUUCUCGAUGUCGACGUGCAGUGUCACGCCGGUGGCAGAGCCUAUCCCCAUCUGCAGCUUCUGUUUGGGGACCAAGGAGCAGAAUCGCGAUAAGAAACCUGAGGAGCUCAUCUCCUGUGCGGACUGUGGCAAUAGUGGCCACCCGUCCUGUCUCAAGUUCUCCCCAGAGCUCACGCUGAGAGUUAAGGCACUGUGGUGGCAGUGCAUUGAAUGCAAAACCUGCAGCAGCUGUCAGGAUCAAGGAAAGAAUGCGGACAAUAUGUUAUUUUGUGAUUCAUGUGACCGGGGCUUCCACAUGGAGUGUUGUGAUCCUCCCCUCACGCGGAUGCCAAAAGACUCAGGCAUGUGGAUUUGUCAAAUCUGCCAACCGAGGAAAAAGGGAAAGAAUCUUUUACAUGAAAAGGCAGCACAAAUUAAACGGCGCUAUAAUGCACCACUUGGACGACCCAGGAACAGGCCGGGGCGGCCCUUCAAAAAACUAGGUGGUCGCGCUCGGCGGAAGCGCUCGGCCUCGGCCAAUUCCUCCUCCAGCUCGUCUUGCGAAGGUUACCCUGGUGAUGACCGAUUACUUUUCUCGAUGCGGGAUGGUGACGACCUGACACAAAGCAGCCUUCGCUUCAACAACAAGACCAAGGGAUUAAUCGAUGCGCUCACAAAAUUUUUUACACCGUCGCCUGAGGGUCGCAAGGCACGCCAGGAAGUGGUAGACUACUCGGACCAGUGUCGCAUCAGAAAGAAAGCCAAUCGCAGCAAGGGAGAUGGAGACGACAGGGCGGACAAUCAAGAAGGCAGCGACUGGCGCGAUGAAGACGACAGAUUUCCUGGCCAUGAAAAUCUAACAGAAAAAGACAUUGAGUUGUUCAGACACAUCCAGGAGCUUGCGUUACAGAAAGUUGGGGUUACAGGCCCACCAGAUCCUCAGAUGCGAUGUCCAUCAGUCAUUGAAUUUGGAAAAUUUGACAUCCAAACAUGGUAUUCUUCUCCCUACCCGCAAGAGUACAGCAGACUACCCAAACUGUACUUGUGCGAAUUCUGCCUGCGCUACAUGAAGAGCCGUAGCAUCCUCUACCAGCACAUGAAGAAAUGCAACUGGUUCCAUCCUCCAGCUAAUGAGAUUUACAGGAAAGACGACGUUUCUGUGUUUGAGGUCGAUGGGAAUGUGAGCACAAUCUACUGCCAGAACCUGUGCCUGCUGGCCAAGCUUUUCCUCGACCAUAAGACCCUCUAUUACGAUGUGGAGCCCUUUCUUUUCUAUGUCCUCACGCAGAAUGACAACAAAGGUUGCCACCUUGUUGGCUACUUUUCUAAGGAGAAACACUGCCAACAGAAAUACAACGUAUCAUGCAUCAUGAUUCUUCCACAGUACCAGCGAAAGGGCUAUGGGCGCUUUCUCAUUGAUUUCAGCUACUUGCUGUCUAAACGCGAGGGCCAGCCUGGAUCACCAGAGAAGCCUCUUUCAGACCUCGGUCGGCUAUCCUACAUGGCCUAUUGGCGCAGCGAGGUCCUUGAGUGCCUCCAUAGAGUCCGUGACCGGCAGAUCACAAUAAGACAGCUCAGCAAACUGACUGGGAUUUGCCCGCAGGAUAUCACAACAACCCUGCAUAGCCUCAAUAUGCUUGAGCAACGAGGAGACAGGACUGUCCUGGUGCGACGAGAGAAGCUCAUAAAUAACCACAUAGCUCGUCUCAAGACCCGACCACGGCAGCUGGAGGUUGACCCAGAGUGUCUCCGCUGGACACCUGUCAUUGUAACCAAUACCGUGGUUUCUGAUGCGGAUGAGGAUGAAGAUGAAGAGGACGAUCAAGAACCAACAGUGGAUCACCGUAAGGAGAUCAAAUCAAGUCACAAGCUACCGUCAAUGUCUUGGCACAUGCGUCAAGCAAAGAAGAGGGAAGAUGAAGAAGAGGAAGAAGAGAGAAAGGGCUUCCUCGGGUUUCCUGUCAGCCAAAGUUCUCCAACAUCACCUCCAAUUCGUUGUCCACCUGCCCCACUGCCAGCACGUCCACCACUGCCAGCAAACGGCGAACGUAGACCCCGUGGUCGCCCACCCAAAAACUGGCCUUGGGGGAAAGCAGUUAAGGAUCGGCAGCGAGUUGGCCGGCCACCUAAAGUCCACGCAAUGGAGGAAGAGGGCGAGGAGGAUGAAAGGACAGAUGAAGGAACAAUUGGCUCGACAGCCAUCCCUGUCUCCCUAUUCUCACUUGAGAGAAAAAUUGAGUCAGCAAGCUUUCGCACAAUAGACAUGGCCCGGCACCCCACCAUAACGCCGAUCCAAAGAGGACGCCCUCCGAGGAAAAAGAGAGGCCCCAAACCGAGGCAGAUGGAGGAGCCGAGUGAGGGGCUGGCACAGUUUCCUGGUGUUUCCAGGCCGUGUGAGUCUCCUCCCAUCAGGAAGAGUGGCUUCAGUGAUAGUAGCGAAGAAGAAGAGGAUGACGACGAUGAGGAAAGCAGGACAUGCUCUCCUCCCAUACUCACAAAGCCAGCUAUGGGGCUCAAAUGCAAGAAGCCAUUGAGAAAGCGACGUUUUCGCCAGCGCAGCCACCCACACAGCAGCGUGGUGACAGAGACCAUUUCUGAAACCACAGAGGUUUUGGACGAACCCUUUGUCGACUCUGACUCCGAGAGGCCCAUGCCUAGGCUGGAGGAGGAGACAAUCUUGGGCCACCCCUUGCGCCGCUACCCUCCCGCUCGCUCUGCACUUAGGUUGUCAGACCCUGCUCCCAAAAGGGGUCGACAUUGCAACCUCUCUGAUUCAGAGGAAGAUGACCUAACUGGUAUGCUGAAUCCUAUGGCUGCAUUGCCAUCACGUCCUUUGGCAAAUCAAGCUGCCAAUCCUGAGGUGCCGGUCAAGAAGAAGAAAGGCUGGCCGAAGGGAAAGAGCCGUAAACCACUGCACUGGAAGAAACGAGGACCUGGAAGACCACCUGGAAGUGGAGCCAACCAGCGAGCUGCUGCAGAAAGCCAAGCAAGUGGCGCUCCCGCACCUCCCAAAAUCAAGAUGAAACCUGGACGGAAGCCUCGGAGCUGGUAUCUUCAGCGUGCCCAAGAGGAAGCAGAGAGGCAAGAGCAGGAGAGGCAAAGACUGCUGGAGCAACACUUGGACAAAGAUUCUCAUCCACUGUCAACGGAUCGAACCAGCAAGCGUGUUUCAAGAGCCAUCUUGAAUAAAGAAAAAUACUCAGAUGAAGAUGAAUAUCUCCCUAUUCCUGUGGAACAGAAGGUACCAAAAAGGAGAGGAAGACCACCCAGGAACCCUGCCCUCCGUCAACCGCCCCCACCUGCCCCAAGGCCAUCUCUCAACUCUGAACCAGAGGAUGCAGAAGAGGAAGAUGACGAAGAGGAGGAGGAGGAGGAAGAGGAGGAUGCAGAUAGAACUUGGGAGGAAAACAAAUCUAGCCGCCCACGGCCCCGCCCCAUUUUGUCUGCUUCCUCUGCCUCAUCCAACUUAGGGCAUAGGGCCUCACAUUUCUGUCCUCAGGAUGUUGAUCUUGGCGAAAGAGGAGAAAAUGAUGAGGAAGAUGAAAGGGAAGAAGAGGAAUUUGAGAGCCAGGGCCAUGGUAAUCUUAAUUUGUCAAGGCGAGCAGCAGCCACACCAGGUUUAGGAAGCCGGCGUAGCGAGGAGCACGAUGCGGAUGAUGAAGGUGAUGGACACUUGGAGGACAAAAGCAACAGUAGCAGCAACAUUAGUAAGAAACGAAAAAGUCAGGAGUCUGACGACGAGGACGACGAAGAUGAGGAGGAAGAGCCUGCUUCCCAUGCGAGCUCCCCUCCAGUCAAAGAAGAACCACAAGGCGGAGAGGCUUUUUUAGACAUGGAGAACAGCAUGGCCCGGGAUUAUGUCAGCAAGCAGGAGGAUGAAGAGGAGGAGGAGGAGGAGGUGCCUGAAGAGCAGGUGCAGGAGUCCAAGUGUCAACCCUCCUCCGCUGAUCCACAGCAAGAGGACAGGCGACGUAGAGAGCAGGAGGAAUCUGCUGCAGCCGCCGCAGCUGUGGAAACUGUUACGGCCAUGUCUGUUCCUUCUGAGCCCAUAGAGCUGCAGCCUUUGCAGACAGAGGACAAAGAUGUAGCACUGUUGAUAGAACCCCAACACAGCCACUCCCAUCCUCAUCAGCACUCUGACUUCAAAGAGGAGCUGGGUCACCAUCACUCACAUCAUCCACAUCACCACUCCAAUGAACUCGACUUGGAGACGGUCCAGGCAGUGCAGUCUCUGACACAAGGGGAAGCCCAGGAUGAAGAGACUGAGCCUCACCACGGGGCUUACCAGGACUGUGAAGAGACACUCGCUGCCUGUCGGACACUACAGAGUUACAGCAACACGGGGGAUACUGAGGAGGAGGCCCUGGCAUUAGUAGAGGACUGUGGGGCCUCCCAACAUAGCAGCCCCUUGCAUAAUCCACCAAUGCCGCCAUUGCCUGGUCAAUCUGUGCGUUCAGUGAACAGUCCGGGCUUGUCCUCGACUAUCAUGGACACAGCAGCGGGAGGGCAAAGGGGUGGGACUCCUGGCCCCACUGGAGCGGGAGGUGGAACUGGUGGUGGGUACACACAAAUCACCCCAGAACAUCCCAGCUCUCUGUCUGCACCAUCCCAGCAGAACAUUGAGACGUCUCCUAUGAUGGAUGUCCCAUCUGUGUCGGACCACUCGCAGCAGGUGGUCGACAGUGGCUUCAGUGACCUAGGUAGUAUCGAAAGCACUACAGAGAAUUAUGACAACCCCAGCAGCUAUGACUCCACUAUGGGUGGAGGAAGCACCGCAACGGGAAAUGGGGGUAAUGGCGGUGGAAUGUCUGUGGCAGGUGCUUCUUCGGCCUCGUCUGCCGCCUCUUCUUCCAGCUCGGCCACGCCGUCCUCCUCACAGUCCAACAGCUGCUCAUUCGGGCCAACGCCCACUCUAACAUCUUCCACGGGGAAUGGAGGAGCUCAGCACGGAUUAGGAAGCUGUAGCCUCAUCCAGCAAACUGGACCCGGUCCCAACGGUGGUUCCGGAGCCAGUAAUGUUGGCAAUUCUGUCCCCCAACCCCCACCUCCUCCUCAUCCAUCUAACACCCCUGUCUGUGGCAUCAAGUCUCCCCAGAGCUGCGGUGUGAUUGAGAGGCCUCCCAGCACCAAUCAGCAACAGCCGCAGUCAUCCCAAAAGAAGGUUCCGCAGCAGCCUCCUCCUCAGCAGCAGCAGCAAGCGCCCAACUCUCAGCCUCCACCCUCAGCCCCCACUCCUCAACAGCAGCAGCCCCUGUCCCAAUGUAGCAUGGGAAAUGGCUUUGGCUCCACUCCCAUGAUUAUGGAGAUUCCUGAGAGCGGGGGCGGUGGAGGUGGUCGUACCCUGUAUGAGCGUAUGGGUCAGGACUUUGGCACAGGGGGGUACCCGCAACCCUCUGCAACUUUCAGCCUGGCCAAACUUCAGCAGCUUACAAACACCAUUAUGGACCCACACGGCAUGCCCUACUCUCACUCACCUUCCGUCACCUCUUAUGCCACCAGUGUGUCACUCUCUAACCCAGGGCUGGCACCCUCUGCCCACGCGCCCCUCUCCCAGGGCCAGCCCACAAUGACUCCACCACCUAACCUCAGCUCCGGCUCCAUGAACUUGGGCUCCCUGCAGCUGCAAUGCAACAUGCCCACCACCAACAUCAGUCUGGGUCCCCCGCCCCACACACAGCGACUGCAGGGCCAAAUGCCCACUGUCAAAGGCCAUAUUUCCAUUCGGUCCAAAGCCACUCAGCAACUAGCCCCGGCCCCGCACCAGCAGCAGCUCUAUGGACGCAGCUCUGGGGCCGUGGCCAUGCAAGGCACACCUCGCACCUUGGCUGUUCAACGCGGCAUGAUGCCAAACCUCAUGCCAACGCCGGCCCCGUACAAUUCCAUGAACAUGACGCCGCUCAAUCCCAUGUCGGCCGGCUACCGAAUGGCCCAACCAAUGAUGAACAGUGGUUACCAUGGUAAUCCUCCUUACAUGAAUCAGCCAGCUCAGUAUCCCAUGCAAAUGCAGAUGGGAAUGAUGGGAGGGCAGGGUUACCCCCAGCAGCCUAUGCAGCCAAAUCACCAUGGCAACAUGAUGUACACAGGCCCCUCCCAUCAUAGCUAUGCUGGUGUCCCAAAACAGUCGCCCUACAUGAGCAGAUGAAGACAUGGGUCCACGGCUGAUUCUUGCUGUACUUUAAAUGUGCAUCAUGUUCACACUCUACAGUGCCGCGGAAGGCACCAAGAGUGCUGGUGAAUGGAAACCGGGGGUCUCCUGCUUUUCUGUGUAAUCAUUUUGUCCAUUUCUCAUAAGAUAGACAGGGUGUGUACGUGGACCAGGCCAGCCCUAUGCAGACCCUGCAAACUGGCCCAAAUGUCUACUCUCCCUCUUGAUGAGCAAGAGGGGGCAAAAAGAGGAUGGCGAGGAAGAUACACAGCAAAGGACAUGACAGGAUUCAUCCUGAUCUUACUUUGUUGGAUUGCAAAUGCAAAAGACAGUUAUCUGAUUAUAUUCAACCAUGCACACAAUCUUUUGACAUAGGAAGCCUUACCUUAAAAAAGAGACAUAGUUGGUGGAUUCUUGUUUUUUUAAACAUAAUGUUGAACUUUAUUUUUGUUGUUUUGUUUUGGAGUGUCUGUGUUCAGUCUGGCCUCUUAAUAUGCUUCAGUCUUUAUAUUUGUGGCAUUCUGAAUCGGUGGCACACCCUCUUGGGUCCUUAGAAAGACCCCAACAUCUCCCUGGUCAGCGGGGGCCUCCAGUGUUCAAGGUGUUUAUUCAUUUUUCUGUCUUCCUGGAUGGACGACAUCAUACCAAAAACACUGCAGACACAGAGGAGACAACAUUGUUUUCCCCCAUCAAUAGUAGCAUUAUGUUCCAGUUUCAACCACUUUGACAAGUUAAGAUGUAAAUAUUGUGGUACCUCCCAUUUUCAAGCAACACGUGCAUAGACGCAUACUGGCUAGCUCUCGCUUAAGAUGGCUAGCACAGGAAUGUACCACCUUCAGCUAUUCUUGUCCACACUCCACUGACAGUCUGUGUGCAAUGUCAACUUUUUAUUUUAGCAUUUAAAGAAUUCAGAACUUACAGCAAAACUUCCAUUGAGCUGCUUUAAGGAAAUUUGGUUAACAAUUUGCUGACUUCCCCUCAAGUGUUAAAGACCCAAGGAGGUCGAGGUGUCUGCUUAAGAACUGCGUAUUCAGUUAAACUUGUAAUUUUUUUAUAUAUAUAUAUAUAUAUAUAUAUAUAUAUAUAUAUAUAUAUAUAUAUAUAUAUAUAUAUAUAUAUAUAUAUAUAUAUAUAUAUAUAUAUAUAUAUAUAUAUAUAUAUAAUUUUUUAUUUUCUCUCUCCACUUCUGUUUUCUAGAGAUACUGCGCUAGACAGUUAGCCCUUAUAAAGGGUGUACCUAAAGGCCUGGUGUAGUGCAUGGCUUGGCCCACGCAUAGAGGCACACUCGUAUGAAAGCAGGGUCAGAGCUUUGUUGGUUAUGGCGUUUAAAUGGCGCGGGUGAGACGUACGGUUCACCUUGUUGCUCCAUGUACCAGUAUUCAAAGUCAAAAGAGGCGUUUUCGUUUUCUACAGACCUGACAUUGCAUACUUUUUGUGUCUAUUGUUCUGUUCUGAACUUUGUUUUCUUUCUGAAUUUUAUCAGACUGGGCAGCUUUCUAUUAUGACCUAAGCUGACUCUUUUUGACUAAAAAGAAACUGUGUAGAGAACACAUUUUUUUCUAUAAUAUAAAAAGAAAUUCUGACAUUAAUAUUGGUACUGUCAUUUUUUUCCUCACUUCUGUUUCAGGACAAAAACACAACAUAUUUUUAGCUCACCUCUUGGGUAAUAAUUACUAAGAAAUUCAAAAUAAUAAAAAAAAAAGUUCUCACUUUUAGUGACUAAGAUGCCUUUAACCUUUCCAUUCCAUCUCAUCUCUAGAGUUUUUCUAUCUUUGUGUAGUAUAUUAAUGCUAUUUUAAACAAAAGGACUACAAAUAUCUAAAGGUCACUUGGCAUUUUUUUUUUACUUUGUGUGUAUAGGAUGACUUCCUUACAUUAAAGAGGCAUGUAAAAAUAAGCUCCGUAUAUUUCUGUCUGUUUAUAUCGCUUCCCUUUUUGUAGCCUUUGGAAUUGUACAUGUUUCGUUGUAUGCUAAGAGAGUGCAAAAUAAAUAGAGGAGAUUUUGGCUGAGUGCAGAGUGCUGUGCUGUGCUCAGCGGCCUCAACUCUCUUCUCUGUCCCUGUAUGUAUUUCCAUUUAUCCGGUCCCACCCCUUUCUUAGCAAGUACUUUCAAAGAACUCUGUACAUUUUAACAUAAAAUGAAAAUAAAUUAUGUUGAGCCAUU